AUGGGGGUGUCCCCACGGAAACCAAGGCCAGAGGCUGAAAGGUCAGCCAGCGUCGCCGCCCCCGGGGCAGACCCGCGCGGGUCCCACAUCGCCCUGCCGGUGGGCGGGCACGGCCCAGAGCCAGCCCGGAAGGCGAGCCCGCCGGCCAGAACGCGGCGUGGAGGCGUCGGAGCCAGGUGGGGCGAGGGCCCCGGGUCAUCCUCCCCGCUCAGGAGGUCGCCGGGGCCGCGCACACCCCUCGGGCGCUCGGCGGGAUUCCGGCCGGCCCGAACAAAGGCUCAGGUGAGGGUCGUCCUGCGCGCGCGGGGCCGGUGGGCCCAAGAGCGCGACGCACACGCGGCAGGUGCGGCAGGUGGGCGUCAGGGCCGCCUCCAACCCGGCCCGAGCCCGGCGGAGGAGCCGCAGCGCCGGGCCCCGGGCGCCGCACCUGCCUGCCGCGCGCACCUGCCGCACCUGCCGCCCCCGCCGCCCGCACCUGCCCACCCGGCCCGCUCACCUCCGCCUGGCCCGGCCCGGCCCCUCGCCGCCGCGGUCACCGGCCCGCGCCGCUCCAUGCGCUCAGCCCGCUCUGCGCGUCGCCCGCCGCCCCGGGGCCGCCGCCGCCGCCGCCCGCGCCAUCGCGCCACCGCCCGCUCGGAGGGCACAAUGGAGCCGCCGCGCCGCUCAUGCAUAUGCAUGACGCUGCGCGCCGGCCCCGCCCCCAGGCCAGAGCAGUAG